GAAGGUAUACAGAGGAAGAAAGUGCAAGAGCAACUAAAUGUUCAGAGUGGUGAUCCGACACAGGAGCAACCUCAAAUGAGAAGUCCCAUUCCAAGUCCGGCCCCAUUACUCAGUACUGGACCCAUGGCACCUCAUAUGCAGGUACCCAAUCAGAUGUCUGGACAGCUGCUACCAGGAAUGAUGCCUGUGCGAGGGCAAGCUCCUGGCUAUUCUGGUAUUCCUGGUAUCAUGCUUGGACAAGGUUUACCUCAUAUGCAAGGACCCCCAGGUCAGAUGCAAGGACCUCCAGUGACAACACAGGGGCAGCUUGGACAGAUGCAAGGGCCACUAGGACAGAUGCAAGGGCCCCCAGGACAGAUGCAAGGGCCCCCAGGACAGAUGCAAGGGCCCCCAGGACAGAUGCAGGUUCCACCAGGACAGAUGCAAGGGCCUCCAGGUCAGAUGCAGGGACCUCCAGUGACAACACAGGGGCAGCUUGGACAGAUGCAAGGGCCCCCAGGACAGAUGCAAGGGCCCCCAGGACAGAUGCAAGGGCCUCCAGGACAGAUGCAGGGGCCUCCAGGACAGAUGCAGGUUCCACCAGGACAGAUGCAGGUUCCACCAGGACAGAUGCAAGGUUUGCCAGUGACAACACAGGUGCCUCCAGGACAGAUGCAGGGGCCUCCAGGACAGAUGCAGGGGCCUCCAGGACAGAUGCAGGGGCCUCCUGGACAGAUGCAUGGGCCACCUGGACAGAUGCAAGGACCACAUGGUGCAAUGCAAAUGUUCGAAGCAUUACCUGGGCAAAUGUUGCAUAGUCCAAGAGGUCCUGGUGAGGUAACCAUGGAUAGAAUGUCAAUGCCACCACCUCCACCACCGCGACCACCACUGCCAUCAGGUGGGUUUGCCCCAGGAAUGCCGAUGGUCAGGCAAAGUCUCACCAAAAAAGACCAAUCCAAACUUAUAAAAGAACAGAAAUUGUUGAGAGAACAGGAGCAAGAACGACAGUGGAAAUUACUGCAACAAAUGAGGCAGCAGCAGCAACAAGAUGUUCCCAAACACUCUAGUGCAGCUUUGGUUCGUCAAAAUAAGAAGAAGCUGAAGGAUAUUGAUCAACAAAACAAAACAGAAAAUCUGGUAGAAAGUGGUGAUAGUCAAGGUAAAUCUGUUGAAACAUCUGAGCCAGCAGAACCAAGUGGAGAUGCUGAAUCACAAGUAGCGCAUACGUGGUCCAUGGCAAAUGUAUCACAUGUUAACACUCCAUCACCGAAACAAGGAUCUCCUCAAAGUACAACGUCACCGUCACAACCAGUGUCUGAUGUCAAUACUCAGCUUGAUGCUCCUCUUUCUCAACUACCUCACUCGCAGUCGCAACCAGCAUUGCAGCAGAUGCAACAGAUGAUGCAGCAAGCACAACAAAGAUCUCAAAUAGAUAAUGUUUCACAACAGGUUUUUCAACCCGGGGAUGCUCGAUUUCCAGUUUCAGAAAGAUUUCCAAUAGUCAGUCUACCAGAUCAAAACCUGCCCGGUGAAUAUCCCAAGGCACAGUUAAGAGAAUUACUAGUGAAACAACAAGAGCAGAGAAGACUUCGUCGGCAAGUGCAGGAACAACAGGAACAGAUGAUGCGCGAUCAAUCACCUGUUGGUUUGAGACAUUGGCCAUCAGAUCAGCCACCAUCGCAGCCUCCGCCACCUUAUCCAAGUGGAGCACAUUUCACAGAACAACAGCGCCAACAGUUUUCACUUUCAAGAGAUUCAAUGAUGCAGGACCAAAGGCAACCUCCUCCUGGACAAAGACCUCCUCUUCAAGGUGAGCGACCUUCUUUCGGGCCAGGAUUCCCAUUUGGUAGUGAUCAGCGCCCAUCUAUGCCAAGACCUCAGUGCGUCAUGAACAUGGAGGACCUGGGCCAAAUACAGGCCCAUUUCCCGGCCUAG